AUGAACACAGACGAGGCGCGCCCCGAAGGGAAAGCAGAGGCAGAGGAUGUCUAUCGCAUGUCUAUCUUGUCGAAAGAAAAGAGUGCGCGCGCAAGUAAGUGGAGUCACCGACUCUGCCGUGCAUCGCAUUCCGUGGCUGUGACUGAGAUCAAAUAUAGGCCACCCAGCAAACAAUAUGUGGAAUCUCUGCUGGCGCGUAUCAAGUCCUUAGAGGAUGAGUUGACAGCACUUGGACAGACCGCGGCAGCGUUCCCGCCGACUAUCGAGCCUGCAGAGUAUAGUCCAGCGACUGAAGAUACUUCUGAUCACGAUUCGCCAGGCUCAGACGAGCGUGAUCCGGUGACCGACGUAUCACAACUCAUGGGUCGACUCAAUGUUGGUAGCGACGGCCAACUGCAUUACUUUGGUUCUCAGAGCAACUAUCAUCUUCUCCAGAGCCAAAUGGGCGUCAAGAGAAUCUCGGGGACCUCGUUUGAGAUGCAACAGCUGGGACUUUUGGCUGCAGCUCAACUCAACAAGACGGUUAUCGUAUCACAGGAAUUACGCGACCAUUUGCUUGACUUGUAUUGGAAUUGGCAGAACUCGUGGAACUAUGUCGUACACAAAGAACCCUUUAUGCGGGAUCUUCAGAACGGGAACGGUAAAUAUUGCUCCCCGUUACUGCUUUCAGCUGUGCUGGCUUUGGCAUCUCGUUAUUCAGACCGCAUCGAAAUCCGGAGCGUUGCCGAUGAUCCGAACACCGCAGGGGAUGCUUUUGUUGAACAGGCCAAAAUUCUCUUACUAUACGAGACUGAAGCGCCGACAGUGACGACGGUUCAAGCUGCAUCAUUACUGGCUCUCAGGACGAUGUCCGACAAUAAAGACGCUUUAGGCUGGUUAUAUUGCGGAACGUUCAUGUUUGACUCGAUCUAUUACAUGUUAAACGCGGUUUCUCAUAAUAGACGAUUAGGAAAUGCAACCCGCAUGGCAUAUAAUAUAGGUCUCAAUCUUGACUGCACGCAUUGGGUUGCCAAGGGUUUGGUUUCGGAAGAAGAGGCAGAAGUGAGGAAAAUCGCUUGGUGGGGUGUAUAUACAAUUGACAAACUGUUUGCAAUUGCUCUUGGGCGACCUGCUGCGACUAAAAAAGCUCAUGUGACAUGCCCUCGUCCUGAAUUAAUCCCAAGUGUUGAAUACGGGCCGUGGCUAGCAGACCUUCACAAAGGUCAGUUGGCGCCGGCCGCCCAUUCACGCAUUGUGUCUGUGGCUCACUCUGUAUCUGAAAGUCUGACCAUUGCUACGGAAGCUAUGGAUGAGAUAUAUUCACCAAACAAUCGACUGCCAAAACAAACAAUGGAAUCGAUAAUUACCAAAGCAGAUAUUGCUCUACAGAUGUAUUACACAUCUCUCCCGACUUUCCUCCGCCUACCAUCCUCACCCCGGGUUCCUACUCUACCUCACAUUUACGAGCUUCAUAUACAAUAUCAUGUCUGCCAGAUCCUCCUCCAUCGGCCCCUCAUAAAAGCAAAAACCCAGAGGGAAGUUGAAAAUAAUUCGUCGCUCGAUGAUGGAAACGCACACAUGCAAGCUUGCAGACACUCUGCAACUGAAGUUGUCAAUAUGUUGCGAAUAUAUAAGCACUUUUACACCAUGCUAUGUAGGUUCACAAGAAUCGAAUUUGAUUCUCAUGUUCACCAGCGACGAAUUGCAAUCGUUACCGUUCACAAUGUAUUUACGGCUUCUGUCAUUCACUUACUUGAUGUCCGAUCUCGCGCCAUCAGUAAACCGCUCCGGAAACGCUCCCUGUUAUACCUCCAAAUCUGCAUUGAAACACUCCAGGAUCUGAGCGUGGCAUGGUGCGCGUGGAGUCAACGCGCUCUCCAAGCUCUGCAGGUAUUGGCGAAAGAGUGGCAUGUCGACGAAUUUUUCGAUUUAAAAUCUACAAGCUCGCUCUAUUAUGAGGUUAGCCGGGAGGAGUCGGCUGUCGAACUGGAGGAGUCUCGGUCAGCUUUGAAGGACGCUGACAGCGUCAAUUUCACCGGAACACCGCCGGUCCUCGAAGACAUCAAUCAAGAAAGCAGCUCCAUUGUAUAUCCACCGCAUUUUGAUGCCUCAAUAUUCGGUUCUCUUUUCAAAGAUGCUUCAGCGUCGACUGAAAUGGACAGGAUGGCUCAGCUUUGGCUGGAAGAGAUCGGCUUCAUGUAG